AUGGCGGUGACUCCUCUAGUCUCCGCCCCUCCAGCUGCCGACUCGCCAAUCGCUGGGCAAGAGGGUGGGGCGGGGCCCCCUCCGCGGAGGGAAAAGCCCCGCUCAGCUCCGAGAGUCUGGUUGGGCGCUCACGCGCGGGCGCAAUCCCCGUGUUCCCGCCCGCCUUCUGGCGUCUUCGCUGCGCUUUGCGGAGGCUCAGCCGAAUCUGGUUGGGUUGCUUCGCAGAGCUUUCCUGCAUCCUGCAAUCUGGAGAGAAGACUAACUCUUUCAGGAAGCAGAAGAUUACUGUCGUGCUCAGAGAGGACACCCUGCUUUCACUUGGAACCAGGAGGUUCAAGACCUCCUCCGGGACUUUCUGGAAGAAGGAAAGAAGUGGUAGGUUGGGGGAAAUUUAACGCUGCUGGGAAAACAUCAAGAAAAAAACAACCCAGUAGCCGCUCAUCUUUCAACCAGAUGCCACCAACCUGCUCCUGCUACUCUGUCCAAGACCCCGCGCCAUUCCAUCAGCCCAUUUCCUUCAAUACCACCUGGAGUCACACAGCAGGGAGUAUCAGUCAUGCCUGUACCUACCAGCCAGCCUCUCCCUGUGCCACCAGAGCUCACCAGACCUGCAUCUGUAACACAUGCUGGAAAAGCUCCGGUAGAAAUAACUUCAAGCCCCAAAGAGGACUCACAUUCCAGAGUGUCUUCACCACUCAUCCACAAGCGUCAUUUCACAACACAUCUGAUCAGGUAAAUAUGGAAAAUUGAAGUCACAACUUGGGUACCCUUGUGACCCUGAAAAAACACUUUUACUCUUUCUUUCUAAUAUGGUGAUGUUUCAAGAAAACGAUGCUGGAAAGGAGCCGGGUUCACCCUUUACCUCUGAGCGGAAC